GGCAUGCUUCGGGUCAGAAUAUAAUUUCUCUUUGAUCUUGAUCGAAAUAACAACACUGACCCAAAUGUGUCCAAAACAUGACGACAAAACCCAGGAUUGUUACCGGAGACAUUUCAAGCUCUAGAUUAACAAAAUAAAGGUUUCAUGACUGUUCCAACUAUGUUUUGACUUAAAUAGAAUACAUGAUAGUUUUGGACCAGCUAACCUUCAAAUUUGCGGGUGGGGGCUGCUGAGCAGGCUAACCAAGAUCGCGUGACUAUCCUUCCUCGAUCCGGGCUUCAAGACAAACAUAGAAAUAUCUAUUUUAAGAAUAUUUUCCUGUUUAUGACCACAAGAGAGGAGAAAAUCACAUAAAUCACGCUGGAGGCGAAUGUCGUGCUCAAAACAUACCGCAACCGUUACGUCGUUUCCCCAACUGCGACAUCAUCAGGGGGUUUGACAUCACUGAGUAAACAAACGUCUUUGCAGUAAACACUGCAACGUUAUACCGAAGAUCACGUGGUACGCCCUCAGCCAAUCAACGUUAGCCUGGUAAUGGUUAAAACCCAGUAGAAGUAAAGCUAGGGUGUGCACUUUGGCAGGAGACGCAGAGAGUGCAAGCAUCCAACAUUUUGCAGAAAGAAUUUCAGUCGGAUUGAAGGUUUGUAUAUAUCUGCACAUAUCUCUCACUUUAUUUAUAUUGGUAUACUGAAUUUUAGUAAGACUGCUUGCCUUUAAACCUCAAGUUGCGGAGCUAAUUAUAUAAAUUGCAUAUUUCCAUGAACCGAAUCAGCUUUGUGAACAUUCUCUGUGUUCUUGCAGUAGAAAGGGUAGCGUUAGAUGCAGUGAAGAUGCCACAGCUAGGAGACGGAACAGUCUGAACUUUGUAGUCAGAAUUCUCCAGCAGAAUAUCAGGUCGUAUUGAUUGAGUAGAAUACAACAUUAGUGCGGUAAACCUUACAAAGUUGCUCAGUUUACAGCAGGCAGUUGUGCAAAUGCAAGUGAAUGUUUCAUGUUUGCCCCACCUCAUGGGACAUACGAUGUUCUCAAUUUUCUCCUGGUUGUACCUCAAAGAUUCCGUUUUCAUCAACUUUUUCACACUGUGCAAUUAUUUUUAAUAAAUCAAUGUCCAAUGAAAGUGUUUAUUUGUGCAACAAGCAGCGAAGGCGUUAAUAAAUUUAAUAUGAAGAUAACGUAGUUCCACUAUUUUGAACUUUAUAACAAUUUGUACUAUAUUGAAGGUAAUAUUGUUUGUAGCCAUAUUUGUAAAUGCAUUGUUAUCUAUAUAUCAACCGUGUAUUGUACGAGUUGUAUUCAAAUAAACUGAUUUAAAAAGAAGCAAAUUUAAGCGAGUCAAUUUGGACAAGAUCUUUACUCUGCUGUCUAUAUAACGGGGAUUGCACUGGUUUUGCACCAAAAUAACAUAAUUAUGUUUAAAAACACUCGGAAAUUCUCCUGGUGACGUUUGCCGAGGUUGUUUUCAAAGCCAAUGAACUAUCCCAAACCAGCUGCUCCACCUUUAACGACACUUCUUGCAAACACCACCGAUUACUAAAUUCUAUACACUGUGUCUUAAUCCUUUCAUCGUCUUUCUUUGUUUUAAUCAUAGUGUAUAAGAUGAAUGAAAUUUUCCCAUGAUUCCGUUAUGCAUUGUUGCUUCGGUGACUGAGAGUUUAAAGCAGCCAUUCAAUGAAAAUGACAUUAAAUUUCCGUCAGACAAAAAAAUGUCGGGGUUUUUGAUGUGCUGUUAAUUAGGAAUGCAUGGAAAACGGUUAGUGGUUUUCAAAGAAUUUGCCGUUGGCAAUUCAAUAACAGGGUCGGGGCUACAUGUUACAUUGAAAUCUGACGUCAGUACCCCAUUUCUAGUUUUUUUGGCGCAGUUCCAAUAAAACUGAAAUUUACCAAUGUUCUCUUACAAGAAUACAGAGGCAAAGCAUGAAGAUAGGCUCAAGUGAGAUAAUGCAGAUGUCAUUCUGACGCAUGUGUUGACAAAUCUUUUUAUCUGUCGGGGUUCCGUCAAUGAAGACUAGACUUUGAAUUGAUUCUGAAAAUCUAUUGUGGUGUGAUAUUUCUCAGGCAAUCACACAUAUGAAUUAUAUUUAACAAAUAUAAAACAUUUUCCGUGUUGAUAUACAGUUAUAUCAACACGAGUGGAAAUUGGGAAAACGAGAAAUUGUGUGGAAACACGACGCCCGAAGGGCGGAGUGUUUUCAUACAAUUUCGAGUUUUCCCAACUUCCACGAGUGUUGAUAUAACUAUAUAUCAAUACGGAAAAAAUGUUUUAUAUUUGUUUUAUAAUAUAGCAAUGUCAAAAGCCCGAAAAAUAAGAAAAAUUUCCGUGUUUACAAGCGGCGGAAAAUUUCCCGUGUUGACAUGGAGUUAUAUCAACAUGGCUCUUAGCCAAUCAGCGUUCAGAAUUUACAAAUGCUAUAUUAUAAAUAUAUAUCCAACUGUGAAAUAGUUCAUGAUCUGGGUUCAAUUAGACCACAUUUAUUUAGAACUUGAAAGUUUGAGAAAUUUAGGUAAAUAUAUAAAAAAUAGACUAGUUGAUUACUUUAUUAAUUACUGGAAAGGUCAAUUUCAAGAAAGUCGUUCUAAUGGUAAAUUAAGAACUCUCGUACAAGUUAAAAAUAAUUUCAGAUUCGAGGAAUACCUUCACGUAAUUUGUAAUGUCAAACAUCGUCAGGCAAUAACGAAAUUACGAAUAUCCGCACAUAAAUUACCAGUUGAAUCUGGCCGAUAUAACAAAACCCCCUACAAUGAGCGAAAGUGCACGUUAUGUCAAUCAGACGAAAUCGGCGAUGAAUUUCACUAUUUAAUGUCAUGCCCCAAUAACGAAUUUGUAAAACUCCGAAAUACUUUUGUAACAGAUAUAUGCAAAAUCAACUCAUCCUUCCGUUCAAUUGAUACAAAAAACUUAUUUCUAUAUAUACUAAAUGUACAUGAUAAGUCUAUCAUGAAAAUAAUUUCAAUAUACUUUCAUGAUACUCUCGCAAUGUACGAUAGUCUUUUGUAGAAUUUCUAGCUUUAAUAUUAUAAUACCCAAUAGUUUAUUAGAUUUUAUAUUAUAUUAUAUAUUAGAGUUAAUCAAUAUUAGUACGCAUGUCGCACUCCUAACCAUGAACUAUAUGGUACGUACUUUAUUGUUUAGUUUACAGUACAUUAGGUACUUAUAUGUAAAUGUUUUCAUAUAUGCCUGUUUGGUAUUUGUUGUUAUUGAAAUAUAUUAUUAUUAUAAAAUCCUAUUUAGACAACAGUGUGGUAAGUUGGUUUCCAAUUCCUACUGUUCAAUACACCCCCAGAUUUGCGUCAAACGUCAUACUUCAUGAAAAAGGCAUGAAAAAAGUCGUUACCGAUGGCAUUUGAAGUAAUGUCAAUAUUUCUGAAUUCAUUUCAAAAUUCUAGUUAGGUUGAUUUCCAUACAAUCUUUGUUCAUUCCACCAUGCAGAACAAUAAGUUACGAACAGGUUACCUUAAUUAACAUAUCAAAGGUAUAAAACAAACAUUUAAAAAAAUCUAUUUGACUUCUUAUGACGUUGUCCUAGACAGUGCUUGAAAUAAUGGAUCUCAGACGUCACAGUGGUCACACUAUGUCAAUUCUCAUCCAAAAAGCUUUCAACUGCCGUCCAUAACUUCUGGACGGGAGACCCGAUAAUCAUUGUUUGCAAUCUAGGAUGCAACAUAGUUAAUAGAAGAGAUGGUUUGGAAACUCAUUAGAAUGACAAUAUAACUCAUUAUCUAUGUUAGUCAACGUUUAUUCAUAAAUCUGGUCCUUCACCGUCACGUGCGUAUUGCUUUAGGAAAUGCAAUGCUUUAGGAAAGUUACCUAUCCAUGACUCGAACAAUAGGGUAAAUUGGAAAUUGCUAUUGGUGGAUUUGGCAAAAAUAUAAUACACACGUGACGGUGAAGGACCAGAUUUAUGAUUAAACGUUGACUAACAUAGAUAAUGAGUUAUAUUGUUAUUCAAAUGAGUUUCCAAACCAUCUCUUCUAUUAACUAUGGAUGCAAACAGCCUUUUAACCCAUGUCAAGCUCAGAGCUGCUUUCCGUUUCUUUUGCAAGUCGUACAACACUCAAAAAAGUAGGAUGAGCGCUGAACGGUCUCUGAUCUAACCAUUCCAAAUAUUCUGUAAUUUUAUUUCGUUGCAGUGUUUCACUUGUGAAGAAGACAACAAAAUGACGGACAAUUUCGAUCAAACGUAAGGAAAUACUUCUGGUUUUUAUUAGAAUAGGAAAAAGAAAAAAGCAAUCUUUUACAGAAAGAUUUGACACAAACCACGGCCAACGGAAGAUUAUUUUAGAUACGAGCUGCCACUAACGUUUUUUUUGUGACUGUUUUACACCCAUGCUGGUAUGUUUCUAAGCAUUCCUACUUAUUUUUCUGUCGUAGCGAUGCUGGUGACCGCUAUCUAAUCCAGAGCAAUGCUCUGUCUGGAUGGUUUCUUGGUCCCAGAGCUGAGAACCGUGAUGUAUUCAACGAGCUCAUGAACCAGACGAUUGAUCAACAUCAACAAAACCGUCGCAAGUAUUGGCCAACAGACCCUGAGUACAUCACCAAGGCUCAGAAAUGGACUCCAGCGUAUAAAGCUGAGAAGAAGCAGCUGAAAGACAAACUGAAGGAAAUGAAUGAUGAUCUGGCACUGAGUACGCCAGUGUUUAGUCCGCGUUUUCAGGUACACAACAAUGAUCAACUCUAUUUCUAUGUCUGAAACUGAAAACUCGUUUUCAUUAUAUCUGUCUUGCAUGAUGUUCUUUCAGUCCUAUUAGUUAGUUUCUCAUUCAGGUCCUUAGUUUAUCUUAAUAUUUAAGCCAAAUUUCAAGCCCUUUACUUGACCCUAAUAAAGGGUCACGUGAACUAUGUCAUCUCACUGUCUGCAGUCGCAGGCUAUAUCUCAGGCAUGGUAUCUCACUGUUCUGUAUGUCAUCCAGUCACAUACUGUAUCAUUGCAGGGUCACGUGAACUAUGUCAUUUCAAUGCCUACAGUCCCAGGCUAUAUCUCAGGCAUGGUAUCUCACUGUUCUGCAUGUCAUCCAGUCACAUACUGUAUGUCAAUCAUUGUAGGGUCACAUGAACUGGGAUAUUUCAAUGCCUGCAGUCUUAGGCUAUAUCUCGGGCAUGGUAUGGAACCCUAAUAACGUGGAUGUCACAGCAUCACCAAUCACCACGCCUUACGAGAUCAUAGCGGCAGAUCAGAUUUGUGAUAUGAUAGGAUUUGAUCGCACUAAGGUUGAACCUUGGGGACAUAUCACGUGUGGUAAGUUAAACAUCAUACACUAAAAAGAGUGGAGUAUAGCAGAAAGAGUUACUGGCAUUCAGUCAGUUUGCCUUUGGAAGCUGGUAUUCAUAACGGUGCCAUUUUGUCCAGAUCAAUAUAUUAUACUUUGUGAUUCCUAAAUGUAAGACACGUGAAGGCAUAUCAUUUAAUUUACGCCUAAGGAAGAAGUGGCAUUCCAGUUUUGCCAACCAAAGCAUUCGUUUUCCGGAAAGUGGGCUCACGUGACCAAUUGUUGCCCAUUUAUUCUUUUUCUUCAUUCCAGGUGGAUCGAUUGCGAACAUUGAAGCAGUGUGGUCGUCCAGAAACAUGAAGUUCUACCCUCUCAGUUUACAAGAUGCAGUCAUGGCUGAAGCGCAGCUAGCAGGAGCAAACACUUUCAAAGUCAAUGUGCCAGCUCAACCACAUCCACAACCCGGGGGUGACAACCCGUAUGUCCAGGUGGAACUACAGAACUGUUCUGUGUGGCAGUUACUGAAUCUUGAUGUUGAUGAUGCUUGCAGGUCUGUCAUUGUACCGCUGGUCAAUAUUCUUAGUUAUGAAUUUAUAUCUAGCCCUACCCACCCUGUGAAUAUUCCCUGUGCGAGGAAACUGGAGAAAACCCACGAUGUUCGGCAGGCCAUUUACUGACACUUUUACAUGAAAGUCCGGAACGAGAACCGAUUUCUGUGCCACAGAACCCAAGCAAGUUUCAAAUAGUUAACUUAAGACUACAAUAUUUUGUUAUAGCAUGGCUGAAGGUGUGGCGGGCGCCGCAGGUGUUAGUAUGGAUACUCUGUCUGGCUUAGUCCACCCCUAUGCCUACACAUCCAUCGGUAUACACAGCUUUCUGCAGAAACACAACAUCAACUCUCCCAGAUUAUUUGUCCCAGCAACCUGUCAUUACUCUUGGCCCAAGGCUGCUACAGUUCUGGGACUGGGUGAAGACAACUUAAUCCAUAUCAAUGUUACUGCACUAGCCAGACAAGACAUGAACCGUAAGUAUUUGAAUCCUUACCUAAGCAAAAUUCCUACUGUACUCACAGAAACUUUGAUAGUGUAAACCAGUCUGAAUAUUCUGAUAGCAAACGACGUUUGUUUGUUCUUAGAUUUGCGUGAAGAACUUCAGAAAUGUGUCACGAACGCAAUCCCAGUGAUCUCUGUGACGGCUGUUAUGGGUAGCACGGAAGAAAGUGCCAUUGAUCCACUGAUAGAAAUGCUCGCCAUUAGAGAAGAAUUCAAGAGGAAGGUAUAUAUGUUUGUUUGAGAAAAAAACUAAAAACUUGUUCUAGGUUAAAACUGUCUUCAAUCUAUGUCAGACCACGAAGAGCCUCAAUGGAUAUGCUUGCAAUCUCGUGGAAUAACUACAAAUUCUCUUUUCUACAUACACUAUCUGAACAUGCAUGUAGGAUACAGAUUACUGUGCGACCUAAUAGGAGAGAUCUAGUUCUUUCUUUCUAAGAUCCUUUCAGGAAUAAAAAAAGUACCUAAGAAGCAACAUCUGUUUGUCAUACUCCCAGAUGACCAUCAGAAUCGUCUCUUUCAUCGCAGGGUUUGAACUUUGCUGUGUUGGCAGACGCCGCGUGGGGAGCGUACAUGAGAACAAUGUUGAUUGAUCCAGACAGUCCAGAAGAACAACAAAAAGCUCUGAGAAGGAAAGAAAAGAAAGGAAGACAACAACGAGAAAGGAACCGUAGUUCAAUUAUAUCAAACUAUGUCCCCAUCUCCCCCCUGAGUCAGUAUGCUAAAGAUAAUUUAAACGCAAUACGUUUAGCAGAUACUGUGACCAGUGACCCUCAUAAGACUGGCUAUGUGCCUUAUCCAGCCGGGGGGUUGAGUUAUAGAAAUGGAACUAUGAAAGACUUUGUUCUUCUGGCUGCUCCUGAAGUCUUUCAUUCUGAAGAUGAUCUUAGUGUCGGAGUAAAUGGUCUGGAGGGGUCAAAACCCGGUGCUGCAGGUGCUGGUGUCCUACUGUCUCACAGGGUAGGCAUUGUUUAAACAUUGUACAGUUGCUUAAUAUUGUUUUCUACUUCUAUUGCUCAACGUAUAUCGUUCAAAUUUCCAUUGUUUUAUUGUUCAAAUUUCCAUUGUUCUAUUGUUCAAAUCUAUUACCAUUGCUCUAUUGUUCAAAUGUCCAUUGUUCAAAUUUAUUUCCAUUGUUCUGCUGUUCAAAUUUCCAUUGUUCUAUUGUUCAAAUUUAUUUCCAUUGUUCUAUUGUUCAAAUUUCCAUUGUUUUAAUGUUCAAAUUUCCAUUGUUCUACUGUUCAAAUUUCCAUUGUUUUAUUGUUCAAAUUUCCAUUGGUCUAUUGUUCAAAUUUCCAUCGUUCUAUUGUUCAAAUUUCCAUUGUUCAAUAGGUAAUUGGUAUGGACAUGUAUGGUUAUGGUCGUAUCUUAGGUCAAUGUGUGUAUGGUUCAAAAAUCUAUUACUGUUUGUGGCUGCAUCUUGCCAAACCCACAGAUCCAUUUAUCAUCAAGCCAUAUAUUCCAUGUUCUGAUGAAGAUAAUGACCUGGCUAAAACUUUGAUUGUUGGAAAAUCAGACUUGCAGAUUGUCACGGUAUAAUAGGUUUUUUUUUAUUUUUGGGCGUAAACAACUCGUCACAAAUUAUUAUCAUUGGUAUGGACAGAAAAAAAUACUUUAAAACUUGCGGAAAUGAUUAAGACUAAUACAGUACAUCUUAUGUCUUACUAGAACCCAGAUGCCAUGGGUUUGCUUGACAGAGUUGGACCUGACUGCAUGAUCAAUAAAUUUGGAAUAAACUUCAUUGUUGAUGGAGUGAAGAACAACGAUGUUGACCUUUCUACUGAGUAUUCCAAGAAAAUUGGACGAAUCGUUUCUGUGAAUGCUGACAAAAACAAUUACAGAGUACCCCUCGUUAUCUUCCAAUCUAUCAUGGAACCAGGCACCUUUGGACAAUCAUUGAUAGACUUUGAAGAAUCGCUUGGCGUAAGUACUUCAUGAAAUGAACUAUAUUUAUACUGGAGAGCUCUGUCACAUAUGAAUUGUUCUCCCUAGAGAUCCACUAAUACGGGAUCAAUCUUCUCAUUUUCGACCAAGAGAAAUGAUAAUCAGACAACCUGUAUAAAGCCCUAGUCAUAAUGAUUGAAGGCGAGCAUUGCCGCCAACACCCAAAGAUAAGGAAGGACAUAAUAAUGAAAUUCCCAACUUCUGUGUGCUGUAGCUGACUGUGAACAAUCAAAAUCAAUUUGGUUGUAUGGUGAACACUGUGAUGAACCCCUGGCAAGCAAGUGGAGAAUUUGUUUGGAGAGUUGGUGAAAUUUAUCGCGAGGCUUGUCUUCUUGCUUAUGGCUGGGUAAGUACUUCAUCUCCUGGAUGGAUGAUAAAGGUUCUCUGUCUUCAUUGUUCAUGAUCAUUUUGAUGGUGCUGAUGUUAGUGAUGGUGCUGAUGUUAGUGUUGAUUAUGAUAUUGAUAAAAAUUACCCUGACAAAAUGUUGCAUUUUCUAAGUUUUUCCUAUUCUUUCCUAGCAACUUGACCCUAAAGCGAAACAUAUGUUCGUCUGUGGUGAUCUUCAAUACACCGAGAAGAAUGGAUGGUUCAUGUACGCCAAUGUGGUCGGAGAGUUUGGUAAGAAGGCGCAACAGUAUGAAUGUGUGACCAAGUUAGCCGUGCUAAACAAAGCUGAUGUGGCUAAGAUACAGAAAUAUCAGCAUAAUGGAGGAUUGCUUGCUUCCAACAAGAAGGAAGAAGUUCUUUACCAGAUGUUGUUGGAUGCUGCGGCAGACACAGGUACGAACCAAGAAUCAUCGUAAGGUAUGGUUAGUCCUUUUGACUCAAUUAAGACAAACCAAGGCAGCUUAUUAUUGUAACCUAUACACCUACACUGUAGUGACCCUAAGUUCCAGAUAUAUUCUAACCUAAAUAAAUAGUUUACACACAAACCUAGGUUAACCCUUUUCAGGACGUUGAGACACAAACCACCCCAAUUUAUUGCAGAAUACUAUCUCCACUUGACAUCCACGUUCGUCAUGAUUUCUAAAAUCGCACUCGAAUUGACGAUCAAAUAAAACGUGUCUUGUAUGUUCAUCCAGGUGCAGAGUUUGAGUUCAACUAUCAAAACAAGAGAAGCAGCACUCUGUUCACAGCCUCUCUCAAAGUGAUCGACACACCGCGAAUCAAACAUUUUGAAAUACAGACAGACCCUGAUCUACAGUAUCCAGAUCACUACCAAUACUUCAUGUAUGGUGAGGGUGGCAAGAUCUAUCUAUCUCACAUGGUCACCAAGAAACCUGAUUUCCAACAGGUAAUCAAACUUAAACAACAUUGAGUUAUAUUAUACAAUAAUCACGGUAAUUGUGAGCUUUUAUCGAUGUAUUUUUGAGCAGUAUAGUCAAUUGUGUAUCACUAGGCGAAGUAAAACGGUCUGGCAUUAAGCAGUGUAAAAUUCUUACGAGGCUAUUUGAUAUAGGUGUGAAUUUUGCCAAACAGACUGUUAUUCCCAUGUUGUUCUAAAGAGUCAAAAGUGAUCCAGGGCGAGCAAAGGAACGAUAGAUCACAUAGAUCAAUCUGAUAGACCACUUGGGUCUACAGAUCACAUAGAUCAACCUGACAGACCACUUGGGUCUACUAACUUGUAUUCUUAACAUCCUAUUUUCAAUUUUAGGUUGUCGAGGUUGAGACACUCCCAGUCAGAAUGUAUGGAGAAAAAGACGGUUGGUUACUUUGGUAUGGUUUCCCAGUGACCUUCACAGAUCUUCCUGUAAACCAGAAUAACCCGAAGGCCAACCCACUGACCAACAGUGAUCGUACCUACCACAUCCGGUUCGCAGGAGAGAAACACAAGAACAGAGAGAUGGAUAUAGUACUCGAAGAUAACAAUGGAUGGUUUGAUAACCACGUCUUAAAUCGCUGAAUAUGACCCGUGAAUAAUGAACAUUUGAAGCACUAUUGAUUGAUAAGUAAUUAGCAUUAUCAAGUAAUUAGUAUGAUUAAUUAAUGAGCGUAAUUAAUAAAAGAAUAAUAAAGUGGUUAGCAUGUUGCACACAUGAUUCAACGAACACGUAUCGUUGAAACGAAUGUGAUAAUUAUACAAUAUAUUGGUGUGUUAGGACGUCUUUCUCGUCCGUCAUGACUCAUGUUCUUGGAAUUUCAGAAAAUCACCAUAGUAACGAGGGACAACUAAAUACGCAUACUAUUAGUAUUACGUAGCCGUAGGUACUUUAUUUGGUGUAGAGGGGAUGUAGAAUAUAAGGUAUUGUACUUUCAUGCGUUAAUACAAAUAAAGCACUGUUUUUCGCAAGC